AUAGUCACCAUGGUUAGGAGUGGCAUGCAUAUGUAAUACAAACUUAAAUAGUGUUUUCCACAAAGUUUGAGAGAAAACAGCAACCACUACUCUAUUAAUCAUAAAUAUGGCAUCCGGAGAAGAAAGGUCUGAACUUGAUGCCAAGGCUAGGCAGGGAGAGACUGUUGUCCCUGGUGGCACUGGCGGUAAGAGCCUCGAAGCUCAAGAGCAUCUUGCUGAAGGGAGGAGCCGUGGAGGGCUGACAAGGAAAGAGCAGCUAGGGACAGAAGGGUAUCAUGAGCUUGGAAGCCGUGGAGGGCAGACAAGGAAAGAGCAGAUGGGUACAGAAGGGUACCAGGAAAUGGGCAAGAAAGGGGGGCUGAGCACCAAUGACAAGUCCGGUGGAGAGCGUGCCGAGGAGGAAGGGAUCGAAAUCGACGAGUCCAAGUUCAGAACAUCAUCUCGCUAAAUGUUUUGUGCUUCAAACUCCUGGUUUCACGGACUAAUAAGUUCACAUGUUAACAGUUUAAGUUCCUAAAUAAGCAUAUAAGCAGUGAUAAGCAGUUGUGGUUGUUCAACUUGUUUGUAAUUAGGUCUGUACAAGUGUUUAAUGAAGUUUCUUGUGGUAGCAGUAGUAGAUGUUAUGGUGGUGUUGGUCCGAGUCUCUGCUGGGUAGUGUUUCCUUGUUUUGGUGUUUUGGUUCUUGUAGUACACGUUGGUGGUGGUUCCUGUAUGAUGGCAGAACUUUAAUGAUAUUAUUGUAUCAUAUGUUGUGGAAUGACGUACUAAAUGUUGCUUUAAUAU